CGGAAUGGAAAUGGUUACGUUGUUUAUAACAGCAAUGAUCUGUUGAACAGCUUAUGACACCUCACUCUUGGCUUGCUUCCAUUCAUCAACUCUCUCUCUCUCCCUCUCUCUAAAAAUCUCUCCGAAACCCUACCUCCUUCCUCCUCCUCUCUACGCGCCGCGCGUGUUCUUCAACCAAUGGAGGCUCCCACGCCUCACCUCCUCCUCUUCCUCCUCCUCUCUCUCCUCACCGCAACCUCCGCAGACGACGGAGCAGCAAUGCUCUCCCUCGCCAAAUCCUUCACUCCCCCGCCGUCAGACUGGUCAACCACCUCCUCCACCGGCUACUGCAACUGGUCCGGCGUAACCUGCUCCUCCUCCGACCGAGUCAACUCAAUCAGCCUCGAGGACAAAUCCCUCUCCGGCGCUUUAUCCCCCGAGAUCUCCUCCCUCUCCGACCUCAAAACCAUCUCCCUCCAGCGUAACAAACUCUCCGGCAACAUCCCUUCCUUCGCGAAACUAACCUCUCUCCAAGAGAUCUACAUGGACGGUAACCUCUUCGACUCCGUCGAACCGGGAGCUUUCUCCGGACUCACAAGCCUCCAGAUCUUGAGUAUGAGCGAUAACCCUAACUUAUCCCCUUGGAGCUUCCCUUCGGAGCUAGCCGAUUCGACUUCUCUCACCACCGUCUACUUAGACAACACCACGAUCUCCGGCGUCUUGCCUAACAUCUUCGACUCCUUCGCUUCUCUCCAGAAACUCCGCUUGUCUUACAACAACGUCACAGGUCCGUUGCCUCCCUCUUUGGCCAAAUCCUCCAUUCAGUAUCUUUGGAUUAAUAAUCAGUUAUCCGGUUUAUCCGGUACCAUUGAAGUCCUCUCCGGUAUGACUUCGUUAUCACAAGUGUGGCUUCAGAAGAAUCAUUUCACCGGUCCGAUUCCGGAUUUAUCUAAAAGCGAGAAUCUAUUCGAUCUUCAGCUUAGAGAUAAUCAGUUAACCGGAAUCGUCUCCCUGUCACUGUUACCACUCGGAAGCCUUAAGAACAUUUCUUUAGACAACAAUAAGUUCCAAGGCCCUCUUCCUUCCUUUCCACCCGAGGUUGAGAAAGUAACCGCUGAUCAUAACUACUUCUGCACUACCAAAGCCGGUGAUAAGUGUGAUGCUCAGGUGAUGAAUCUUUUAGCUGUGGCGGGAGGUUUGGGGUAUCCGUCCAUGUUGGCGGAGUCUUGGCAAGGGGACAAUGCCUGUGACGGAUGGGCUUAUGUGACGUGUGAUUCAGAUGGGAAGGUUGUUACUUUGAAUCUAGCUAAACAUGGAUUCCAAGGGUUUAUAUCUCCGCAGAUUGCGAAUCUCACUUCUCUUAAGAAUGUUUAUCUUAAUGACAACAACUUAACCGGUGCUAUACCGAAAGUGUUGACGUCUAUGCCUAACUUGAAGAUAAUUGAUGUCUCGAACAAUAAUCUCACGGGAGAGAUAUUGAAGUUUCCGGAUCCGGUGAAGUUUACUUAUAAACCGGGUAAUGUUCUGUUGGGAACUGAUGCUGGAGAUUCUUCUAAGCCGGGGAAUGGUUCUAAAGGUGAUGGUGGUUCCGGUGGGUCUUCUGGUGGUAGUGGUGGUGGUGGUGGUGGUGGUAGUAAGGCUCCGGUGAUCGUUGGUGUGAUUGUGGCGGUUCUUGUUUUUCUUGCUAUUUUAGGAUUUGUGGUUUAUAAGUUUGUGAUGAAGAAGAAGUAUGGGAAGUUGAGAAGGACGGAUCCUGAGAAGGCAGCAGGGAAGGUUUUGGUUAGUGAUGCUGCUUCUAAUGGUAACGGUGGUAGUGGUGGAUAUGGGAAUGGACAUGGAGGUAAUAACUUCAAUGCGUUGAACAGUCCUAGUAGUGGUGACAAUAGCGAGCGUUUCCUUCUUGAAGGUGGAAGUGUUACUAUUCCAAUGGAGGUUCUUCGUCAAGUUACUAAUAAUUUCAGUGAAGCUAACAUAUUGGGAAGAGGCGGUUUUGGUGUUGUGUAUGCUGGAGAGUUACACGAUGGGACCAAGACUGCGGUCAAGAGGAUGGAAUGUUCAGCAAUGGGUAAUAAAGGAAUGAACGAGUUUCAAGCCGAGAUAGCUGUGCUCACUAAGGUCAGGCAUAGACAUUUGGUUGCUCUGUUGGGUUACUGUGUGAACGGGAACGAGAGAUUGCUUGUCUAUGAGUACAUGCCGCAGGGAAAUCUUGGACAGCAUUUGUUUGAGUACGGUGAACUUGGUUACCCUCCUCUGACAUGGAAACAGAGAGUGAGUAUCGCUCUAGAUGUGGCACGAGGUGUUGAAUAUCUCCAUAGCUUGGCUCAGCAAAGCUUUAUACACAGAGAUUUAAAGCCCUCUAACAUCCUUCUUGGUGAUGACAUGAGGGCAAAGGUUGCUGAUUUUGGAUUGGUUAAGAACGCACCUGAUGGAAAAUACUCUGUUGAGACGAGAUUAGCAGGCACGUUUGGUUAUCUAGCACCUGAAUACGCCGCAACUGGAAGAGUAACGACGAAAGUGGAUGUGUAUGCAUUUGGAGUGGUUCUUAUGGAAAUGAUAACAGGAAGAAAAGCAUUAGAUGAUUCAUUACCGGACGAGAGAUCUCACCUAGUCACAUGGUUCAGAAGAAUCCUAAUCAAUAAAGAUAACAUCCCAAAGGCGAUCGACCAAACCUUAGAGGCAGACGAGGAAACAUUGGAGAGCAUUCACAGGGUUGCUGAGCUAGCAGGACACUGCACAGCUCGUGAGCCUCAACAAAGACCAGACAUGGGCCAUGCGGUUAACGUGCUAGGACCACUGGUAGAGAAGUGGAAACCGUCGUGCCAAGAAGAAGAAGAGAGUUUCGGGAUCGAUGUGAACAACAUGAGUUUACCUCAAGCUCUACAGAGAUGGCAGCAAAGCGAAGGAACAUCAACGUCAAUGUUCCAUGGAGACUUCUCUUACUCUCAGACACAGUCUAGUAUACCUCCAAAGCCUUCUGGUUUUCCUAACACGUUUGAUUCGGCUGAUGGCCGGUGACACCAUACUCUGUGUGUGUAUCAAAUCGAUGUUACUUAAGUUCUUCCUUUUGGGAUUUUUGUCUUUAUAUGAUAUGAUGAUUAUUUAUAUAUUGUAAUGUAAGCACAUAUAUGUUGUAUUUGCGUUUGACCACUUGUGCUUUUGCGUUUGUUCAUUCUUUUUAAGGGAAAUUGUAUUACUUAGCUUGGUUUUCUUGAAGAAAUGGGAAACUAGUAGAGUAGUAUACUAACUUUGAAGUGUUAUUACAUAAACCAUGACUUAGAAAUUUU